AUGCAUAUGCAGGCAUGGAAGAACCUGGCGUCGAAGGCGCCUGCCUUGCUGGUGAAGUUCUUGGAUCUCGUUGGUAUUCAGUGGCUCACCAACGUACUUGAGGUGAUGCCAAAUAAAAACCUCGUGGUGGAAGGAUCACUGAUGGACCCAACGGCCGAGACCAGGACAGUGGUGAACAGGCUGACUAGGAAGUGGCGUCGGAUGGGGUUCGAUGAGAAUCCGGCGAGCACAUCCUGUUUGUGGUUGGUGAACUUGCGGAGUUUCCUGACCCGCAUCAUUCGCAAGCCUUGGGAGUACUGUUCACACAAGCUUGGUUUCUGUGCAUUGCCGUACGUGGCGCGGAUGACGCGAUCCGUGAACGACUCUCCAUUGGGCGCGCUGCUAGCCAACCAUGUCUAUGACGCCUUCUCAACCGACGCAAUUGUUGCGGUGAUCACAUACAAAUGGGACAUGUACGCUGCUAGGGUUUGGCACCACUGCGGGCGAAGCCGAGAUGGUGAAUGCCCGUGGAAAAAUCCAUGUACGCACCUUCAAAGCAAGUGCUCAGCUAAACUGCUAUCCUUCAAAAUCACACGCUUGAUAGCCGGAUUCGUGAACACAAUCAGCCAGAUAAAAGACUGGUACUCAGACUCAACGCAGGCCUCGGAAGAUGGGGCCGACGUCCAGCCGGGAAUGGAGCAGGCCUCGGAAGAUGGGGCCAACGUCCAGCCGGGAAUGGAGCAGGCCUCGGAAGAUGGGGCCGACGUCCAGCCGGGAAUGGAGCAGGCCUCGGAAGAUGGGGCCAACAUCCAGCCGGGAAUGGAGCAGGCCUCGGAAGAUGGGGCCGACGUCCAGCCGGGAAUGGAGCAGGCCUCGGAAGAUGGGGCCAACAUCCAGCCGGGAAUGGAGAAGUCCAUACUGGCGUCUGGGCAGGGGCUUUACCUGUCUAAAGCUGGAACCUGCCUUCCUGGAUGUCUGCUUCAUGAGGCGAGAGUAGUUCCUGCGAACUAUGGUCAACAUCACACCACCCAGCCGUACUGGAACUUAUUGGCAUGA